UUUCUGCAAUAAUUAGUGAAUAGUGAUUACUGAUUACAUACUCUUUGUCUGCAAUGAAUGAUGUACUGUUGUCAACAUGGUUCAAAUACGAAAUGCCGCUGUUGCUUACAAAAGUUUAAAUGGACUUAUUUGUGUUUAUAAACCCUCCUGUGUGUCCGUACAGCAUGUGCAGCAUAUUAUUGUUACUAAUUUGUGUCGAGACUUAAACGCUUUACCAGACAGGCCUCUAGAGAAACGAGUUGAGAUUGUAGGGGCAACAAACGCUCCUAUGCAAGUUAAGUUAGUCCCAAACUAUGCUGAUGAUCCGUUAGUUGCUGGGCCCAGAUAUAUACAUACAGACUUCCGAUGCAGCUGGGCUACACAUUUAGGAUUGUUUAGCAGUGGUGUUUUAUUAUUAGGGAUCAAUGAUGGCACCAAACUAACAUACCUCCUAAACACAGGGAGGCCUACCCGUGCAUUCAAAGUGCAUGGACAAUUAGGCAAAGCCACUGACACAUACUUUUGGAAUGGCAGAACAAUGGAGAGGGCGACAUUCGGCCAUGUGACCCGGGCAAAGAUGGAUAAAGUGGUUGCACAUAUACAGGCAGCCCAUCAGAAAACUAUGUAUGAGUUAUCAGGCCUUCACAUGGACUCACAAACAACUUAUGACCUUGCAUCAGAAGGCUUGCUGAGGCCGGCCAACAGUAAGCUACCAGUUAUUUAUGGAAUCAAAUGUGUGCACUUUGAUCCGCCCAACUUUACCUUAGAAAUUCAAUCUGUAAAUGAAUAUGACAAAUAUCUCUGGACACUAGUCCAUGAUCUAGGCGUUCAACUCAAGACAGUAGCGCAUUGCACAGGAGUGCAGUGUAUCAGGCAAGGCAAGUUUGAUCUCCGCCUGGCCUUGUUGAGGAAGCAUUGGCAGAUGGAACAUCUUCUAAACAAUAUGGAUGAAUGCCGCCAGAUAUUAGAAGAAAAUGAGCAUUUGUUAAAACCAAAAUCAGCACAAUUGAGUGUUUAAAAAUCACAGUAGAUAUUAUAAUGUAAAUAAAUAAAAGAGUUUUAUUACAA